UACGGACUGGAGGUUUAUCUCUCACCCGCGGAAAUGUUCAAAACGGGACAACUAAAAGCCUUGGUCAACGAGCGGCUGAAGGCAGCUGCUGAGGAAAUAUUCAGCCUGUUUGAACAAACUCUCAAAGACUAUGAGGAGGAAGUUUUUCGUUCAAAGCAGGAGAUCGACCAACAGCGCGGGCUGGUCGGGUGGAAAGCUCCUGUGCAGCUCUCUGCCCAGGAAGAGGACAUCCCCUCUGAGGUAGAGCUCUGUGAGGAGAAGACCGACCUGGGCGAGGAUGAACCGCAGAUUAAAGAGGAACAGGAGGAUGAACUGUGGCCUGCUCAGGCAGGUGAAAAGCAGGAGGAGGCUGGUACAAAAGAGACUAUGUUUAAUAUAAUUUAUGUGCAGAGAAGUGAAGAAGAAGGAGGAGAGUCACCACAUCAAAGCCAAGAAGCUGAAAAUAAAAGAGACCCUUUGCCCAGCAGCUCAUCCAAACAGUUGAAAACAAAACCUGACAGAGAGGGUUGCGGUGCAUCAGAGCCAACCAGUGACUGUCAGAUGAGUGAAGACAGUGUUGAUGAAUUGAGAGACAGUGAGGGAUUGCACUCAGGUAUUAAGAAGCCACAGCAAACUGGUGAGACAGUAGACAGACCGUACACCUGCAGCAUUUGCAACAAGAAUUUCAGGAUUAAAUCCAUUCUGACUCGCCACAUGAAGACACACACAGGAGAGAAACCUUACAGCUGCAGUGUUUGCAGUAAAAGCUUCAUCCAGCGCUCCUAUCUGCAGACUCACAUGAACUCUCACUCUGGACAGAAGCCGUACACAUGUAGUUUCUGUGGCAGAGGAUUCACACAAGUUGGAAACAUGAACGCUCACAUACGCAUCCACACGGGAGAGAAACCCCACAGCUGUGCUGACUGUGGUAAAAGUUUUAGAGAGAAAGCGGAUCUUAUCAAGCAUACAAUUAUACACACUGGCGAGAGACCGUACAGUUGCACUUUAUGUAAUAUGAAAUUCAGCGCUCAGUCCAAUCUAACACGCCACAUGAAGACUCAUUCAGGGGAGAGGCCAUACAGUUGUGCUGCUUGUGGGAAAAGAUUCAUUCGGCGCUCCCAUUUAAUCAUUCAUAUGAAGACGCACACAGGAGAGAACUCAUGACACAAUUUUACCUGCUUCAUGGUAUUUAUUUUGAUCAUUUCCAGUAUAGAACUAAUGUAAUGUUACACUCUACAGACACAUAAGUUUUACACUCGCAUUAAGUGAAGAUUCAAAGAAUCACCAUGUUUCAUUCUGCUUGUAUUCAUUUUUCACUUUGUCAGAAGAUGCUUUCUGCCUUCACUGGAUACUUACAAGUUUUUAUUUAUGCAACUUUUUAAAACGCUAAUUGCUUUUGUUUAAAGAGAGUAAU